AACCUCAAGGUCUUUGUGACAAUGGAAACCAAAAAAUUGAUUGGUAAACCACUUCAACCAGCAAGACCUGUUCGUCAUCUGACUUCUCCCCCAGGAACAGUUUUCCCUUUCAACUUUCAAAAUGAAUAUCCAUGCAACACUCAGUGUUUACAAAGUGGAGUUAGCAGAUGUAAGACGAAUGGAAUGCAAGCCUUUUCUCAAGGUCUUAAUGAACAACAGCAACAUCAGUCUCCAGCUAAAAAAGAAAAAAUCAAAAUUGACAAGAGGUACGUA